GCUCUUACCCCCAACUCUCUCCCCUUCCAUUUUCUCCAAAUUCCGUCAGCCAUGGCCUCUUCUUCCCUCGCGUCGACGCUCAAACCCCCAUCGACUUCCCCAUUUUGCCCCUACCCUCCCUCCAAGCUCUCAUCCCCGCUCCUCUCCUUCUCCCACACCCUCAAGCCCUUCCCUUCCCAGCUCGAUGCCGCCCGCCCACACCGCUCUCGGAGAAGAACCGCCGCCUUGGCGGCGCCGGUCCGUGCUCAGACGCUCGACUUCUCCGGCACUUUCUUCGAGGGCGGGUUGGGGUCCGAGGACGACCCGGCGUCCCCGCCCGGGUCGGGGUCGACGGCGGUGGAGGACAGGGAGGAGCUCCAGUGCCCGCCCGGGCUGAGGCAGUACGAGACCAUGGCGGUCCUGAGGCCCGACAUGUCCGAAGAUGAGAGGCUCGCGUUGACCCAGAGGUAUGAAGAGCUGCUUGUUGCUGGAGGCGGCAUGUAUGUUGAGGUUUUCAACAGAGGCGUGAUUCCAUUGGCCUACAGCAUCAAGAAGAAGAACAAAGCAGGGGAGAGUAACACCUACUUGGACGGUAUCUAUCUCCUCUUCACCUAUUUCACCAAACCUGAGUCCACUGCAAAUCUGGAGGGUACCCUGAAUGCCGAUGAUGAUGUAAUCCGGUCAUCCACCUUCAAAAUAAGGAAGAGGAAGUACUAGUUAUUUUUGUAAAAUCACGGGUCUCUAGCCAGAGGUGGAACGGUAGCAAAAUUCUCCCAUGCUAUUGAUUUUACUCAUGGUUCUGUUUUUUCCAACUGUUUUGGUCCGGCAUUAUAUCUUCUUCUUUCCGUCGUGGGUCGAUAGAGGUGGGCUGGGGAGCAAGAUGCAUGAAAAUUUAUGAAAAACAGCUUGUGGAAAUUAUAUCGCACACCAACCAAUACAACUAGAGGGACAAUGAAGUUGGUUGCAUUGUCAAAUUUUUGCACUGAGGAAACUGUUGUUAUGUAUGUUUAGUGCAUAACGAGGCAAUAUUAGGUGGAUUUAGAUCAGGUCUUUCUCAUUCAACCUUAAUAAGACACCUGCCAAGUAACAUGUAAUCAUGCCCUAAGGAAAGCUCCCCAAAAAUGUACUUUCUGAAGUUCAAUUCUCAAUGUUUGCAAAUUUGUACA